GCAUUCCUGCUUCAGGAUCACAAACUACAGCGCGCUUCAGGUCCUCGGCAUUCCCCUCCAUGGCGACUUACAGCUUCAGGCAAACCACCUCCUCCGUGGCAGGGGGACCCUGCGGCCGCUCGCUCCGUUUGGGUGGCGGCUCCUUCAGGGCUCCGAGCAUCCAUGGGGGAUCCGGUGGCAGGGGAGUGUCAGUCUCUUCCGCCAGAUUUGUCUCUUCUGGCCUAGGAAGCGGCCUGGGAGGCGGAUAUGGAGGUGCCUUCAGCAGCAGCUUUAGUGCAGGCUUCGGUGGUGGCUAUGGCGGGGGCUUGGGCUCUGGUGACGGUCUCCUCUCAGGGAAUGAAAAGACAACGAUGCAAAACCUGAAUGACCGCCUCGCGUCCUACCUGGACAAAGUGCGUGCGUUGGAAGAAGCAAACUCAGAUCUUGAAACUAAAAUCCGGGAGUGGUACCUAAAACAAGGACCAGGCCCUGCCCGAGACUACAGCCCUUAUUACAAGGCUAUUGAAGACCUCCGAGACCAGAUCCUUGCUGCCACUAUCGACAACUCGAAGGUUGUCCUGCAGAUUGACAAUGCCAGACUGGCCGCUGACGACUUCAAGACCAAGUUUGAAACAGAGCAAGCUCUUCGCAUGAGCGUGGAGGCCGACAUCAACGGGCUGCGCAGGGUGCUGGACGAGCUGACGCUGGCGAGGACCGACCUGGAGCUGCAGAUUGAGAACCUGAAGGAGGAGCUGGCCUACCUGAAGAAGAACCACGAGGAGGAAAUGAGUGCCCUGGGAGGACAGGUAGCCGGCCAAGUCAGUGUGGAAGUGGACUCUGCUCCAGGCAUUGACCUGUCCAAGAUCCUGGCCGAUAUGAGAGACCAGUAUGAACACAUGGCGGAGAAGAACAGGAAGGAUGCUGAGGCCUGGUUCCACAGUAAGACUGAGGAGCUGAACCGUGAGGUAGCCGUCAAUACCGAACAGCUACAGAGCAGCAAGUCUGAAGUCACUGACCUGAGACGCACCCUCCAAGGGCUGGAGAUAGAGCUGCAGUCCCAGCUCAGCAUGAAAGGCGCGCUGGAGAGCACCCUGGCAGACACCGAAGGGCGUUACGGCGCACAGCUGGCGCAGAUCCAGGACAUGAUUGGCAGCAUUGAGGCGCAGCUGGCUGAGCUCCGCGCUGAUAUGGAGCGCCAGAACAGCGAAUACAAGAUGCUCAUGGAUAUCAAGACCCGUCUGGAGCAGGAGAUCGCUACUUACCGGCAGCUCCUGGAGGGUCAGGAGUCCCAGUUGUUUGGAUCCCUUUCUGGAUCUCCCGAGACUGGGCUGCUGCACUGAUCUGUGCCACAGAAAAAGUCAAAGUGGUGGAUCUGGCCAGAAUUCAGCAAGUUUUAGACAUCAAAAGCUAUUAGACAUCAGGGAAAAAUAUCAGACUUUGCCACUGUAAAACACACAAAUCAUUCCCCCAGGUGGAAGAAUAGGAGAAAUUUCAGCCUGCCAGCUCAGGGGCAUUGUACCAACAUGCAAGUAUGACUGGCUUCUAAAGGUCAGCUGUAUUGUAAAAGUGAUGCAUGAUUCAAAUCAGUGCUAUGAAGAACAAAACUUCUGAGAGAAGGGAAUGACAGAUGAGGCACCAAGUAAGCUCAGUAACUUGCAGAAUGGUCUUAAGUGUUCUGGUUAAGGAGCUGUUGUUCUUUUUCUCCAUAUCAUUGCAGACAAAAGAGACAAGCCGGCAGAUGGAAAAUAAUACUGAAAGUCCCAUAACUGUCAUCUUCAAGAUGAGGGAAAUAAAGGAAUUAAAAUGCAGAGGAAUCACACUAAACUGCUGGAAAUUGAGUGCACAGAGAAUCCUUGACUACACAGAGUUUAAGUAGAUUGGUUCAUUUAGCAGCGAUUAAUUUGCAGACUAGGUUAGGCUUUUAAUUACUUCCAGUUCUUUCUUGUACUGAAAUGCUGUAUCUAUUCCAAUAAAGAUGAUCUUGCAAUCUC